AUGGUUAAAACUGGCGUAGCAUUUUCUGGUGGAGGGAUAAGGUCAGCGGCCUUCUGUUCUGGAGUCUUACGAAGACUGCUGCAGAAGGAUGUAAAGAUCGACUACCUCAGUUGUGUGUCGGGAGGUGGUUAUACAGGCACGGCCUAUCUGGACUGGAAAUACAGGAACGGCAAAAAGGACGACAACGAGUCGCACGAGGAAUUCUUUAACCACAUGAGGCAAAGUGCCGGGUUCAUAUGCCACUAUAAUAAACCGCUGUUCCCGGCAAUUCUAGAUUUUUUAGCAAUAACCUUGGUUAUACUAUUUGUGUCCUUUCUUGUACCGGCAUUAAAUUGGUUGGCAUUUUCAUAA